CCGCCUUCCUUCCACCGCCAUCGGACCGAGUGGCAGUUGCUUGCAUACGCACUCCGGUUGUCGUCCUCCAAAAACCCGGGCCACCAUUUGUUAACAUACAUGCGCUGCACUGCUGAUAACACUUUUCUACCACUUUUGGGCUCCCAAGUUGAACUUCUCCACGGGCGAAUAGAAACAGAAGAGACGUCUUCCUCUACUCCGGAACAACAUUCAAGUCACAAGCCAUGCUCCUGCCCUCAAUUCUACUCUUCCUCGUUGGCCUCCUCAUGUGGCAUCCCAGUGCAUCAUGGGCUGCUAAAAUCAUUGUGGUCCCACCAACCCUGUUUGAAUCCCAUAUGUACAUUUUCAAGACGCUGGCCACCUCUCUGCAUCAGGAGGGCCAUGAGACCCAUUUCCUAGUCUCGGAGGGACGUGAGGUACUCCCUUCCCCUCACUAUAAACUACAGCGCUACGCGGGCGUUUUCAACAGCAGCACAGCUGAGAGUUUCCUGCAGUCUAAAGUUGGCAACAUCUUUUCAGGCCGCCUUACAUUUCUGGAGCUUUUUGACAUUCUUGAACACUACAGCCAGAAUUGUGAUGCUAUCGUAGGCAAUUCAGAGGUCAUGGCCCGCCUCAAGCAGGCCAAGUUUGACCUGUUGCUGGUGGACCCCAACGAAAUGUGCGGGUUUGUCCUUGCACAUAUACUCGGCUUGAAAUAUGCCGUGGUCAGCACAGGUUUGUGGUACCCUACGGAGGUGGGAGCCCCGACCCCUCUCUCAUACGUGCCCGUGUUCAACUCAUUGCUGACCGACCGCAUGUCACUGUUCCAAAGGAUCACCAACACAGCUGUCUACCUCAUAGAGAACUUUGGAGUCCAUUUUAUUUUGAUCCCCAAGUACGAUCGGAUCAUGAGGAAACAUGGAAUCAAGCCGCGAGUGGCUAUGACUGACCUGGUGCGAGGCAGCCAGAUUUGGAUGCUGUGCACUGACUUGGCGCUGGAGUUCCCCAGGCCUACCCUCCCACACGUGGUGUACAUUGGAGGCAUCCUCACCAGGCCAGCAAACCCACUGCCACAGGACUUUGAAGUAUGGGUUAAUGACACAGCAGAGACCGGCUUUGUUGUGGUGUCCUUUGGCGCUGGGGUGAAGUACCUUUCCCAUGACAUUGCACACAAACUGGCAGGAGCCCUCGCCAGGCUACCCCAGCGAGUCAUCUGGAGAUUUUCUGGUGCCCCACCCAGUAACAUUGGCAACAACACUAAGCUUGUUGAUUGGAUGCCUCAGAAUGACCUGUUGGGCCACCCCAACAUAAGGGCUUUCUUGAGUCACGGUGGGCUGAACAGUAUCUUUGAGGCCAUGUACCACGGGGUGCCAGUGGUGGGUGUGCCCCUCUUUGGAGACCACUACGACACAAUGACCCGUGUGACCGCCAAAGGUAUGGGCAUUAUGCUGCACUGGAAAAGCAUGAGUGAGGACGACCUUUAUAAUGCCCUGGCCACCGUCAUCAAUGACACAAGGUACCGACAGCGGGCAGCCAUUCUCUCCACCAUCCACAAAGAUCAACCCGACCACCCAGUGACUAGAGCCGUCUACUGGAUCAAUUACACCCUCCGUCACAAUGGCACAGAUCACCUGCGCUCUGCUGUAUACGACAUAUCCCUCUACCAGUACUUUUUGCUGGAUGUGAUUUUCGUUAUAGGGUCAGCCUUGGUCAUUCUGGGCGUUGCCUUGCGACAUUUGGGACGGUUACUGAGGGCAAAGUGUGGUGACAAGAGCCAAGUCGGCAGCGUUUCCAGGGAGGAUGGAAACAUGGUCAAUGGACACUGCCACUGCUUGUCCAACGGUAAACACCAAGGCAAUGGCUCCUUGAAGAAUGAGAAGAAGGUGAACUAAUGUUCUCAAAUGGCCAAGAGGGAUGAGGAGGCGGUUGCUCAAGGGCGUAGCCCUGGGUUUUUGUUGUUUUUUUUUUGUUUGUUUUUUAUCAACGCUUUGGAGGAGAGACCCUUGUUAGAUCUG